AUGACCACCCACCCCUUCUUCUCCUCUUACCCAGAUUUCACCCCCAACCCAACCGCCCCCAUAAGCAGCGACUUCCAACGCCUCGCCGCCCUCCGCAACUGGAAAACUAACUCUAAGCACUGGAAGAAAAUGUGGAACAAGUGCAUGAAUUUCGAGUACGACAAAUUGAUCGGGAACACGCUUUCGUCACUGCAGAGCUGGCAGGGGCUUUGCGAGGAGGUUGGGUUGGGAAAUGGGGUGCAGUUUGGGUCGAUUAGGAAGUGUAAGAUGGCGCUGCAGGGUGUGUUUGUGAAUAUUGUUGAUUUGCUUGAUGCGAGACGGACGGGGACGAAAGUGAAGACGUUUAAGAAUAUUUGGAAGUUGAGCCACUAUACGAAGCAGAAGGGAAAGAUGUUUAACAGGAAGUUGGCGAAGCAGGAUAAGUUGCUCAGGGUUCUUUUAAGGGUUCUUGUUUAG